AUGUGGAAACCAGUGUUUGUUGUUAAGUUACUUUAUUCUUUGUCUGUCAUCUUGUCUAUUUUUGUACACGUAGCGAGAACAUUUGGUAGCUCUGAGCAGAGUAAAUACAUUCUGGACAAGAAUUUCAUUCAAGAGAUUUUGUGUGCUGGAUAUUGUGAAAUGACCCUAUUUCCAUUUCUAUUGCUCACCAUUUCCAUGAAGUUGUCAAGACUAUUAUCUGUAUUUACAACAUUUCAGGGAAAAUAUGGAUAUGCUACUUCACCAACUAAAAAGGUCUUUUUCAUGACAUUUACAGCACUUUUGUUGACCGAACUUUUACCAGGUCAGCUUGUUUGCACAACCAGGAAUUCAUUGGUUCUUUAUGACAUUCGAAACUUUCCCUCUCUUUUCCAAUCUUUACACCAUUGUACUAACUCGGUUUUGCAUAUUUACACCACUGUCAUAUCUGUGUCAAUGUUCCUUGUUAUUUCCAUUGUCUCUUUUUUUAUUCUGAAAGAACUUCAAAGCGUAGACGAAAAAAUAAAGAUCAUUGAAGAGGAAGGCAACAUAACCGCUAGUAAACUCGAAAGACUACGGAAACAGCAAAACGAUGUUGCAGAUCUGCUUAGAAACGGCAAUAUUCUACUACGCUUGAUGACCGGCCAAGUUGUUUCAUCCGUGUCAGUAGAAAAAGGAAGAAACAGUGCCGGAAUACUGGAACAAGUUCUACAUUAUCCUAUCUUGUUGCUGAAAGUGGGUGGAUAUUACAUUGAAACUCAUGACAGUAAACACAAGAUAGCCGGAAAAAUAAUUUUGAACGUGUUUUACAUGCUAAUUUUGGUUUCUGGCGGCACCAGAAUAUUAGCUGGCUUUGCAAUCGAUGAUGAGUUUUCUGACAAAUUGAUGGGUCGCAUUGUUUUUGCAGUUGCAUACUUCAGCAACACUAUAAUGUUUCCAGUCUUCAUUGUUGCAUUUACAAGAAAUCUACCCGGAAUCCUAUCAAAAUUUUGGAGAUUUCAAAUAAAACAUGGCUUUGUGGCAAAUGGCAGAAAAAUGAAAAGCGUGACUACGGUAACAUUUGUGGUUAUGAUCAUAUUUGUAAUAAUACUUGGAAUAUUUGAAGCUGCCUUAACAAGUUCUCGUGUUCUAGAAGAAUCUGGACUUUUUAUCAGUCGUCUGCUUCCUUUCCACUAUAAGGAUGGAUAUAUUUUUGAUUUGGUAAAUGUGAUAGACACAGUUGCCUGCUUGCAUUGGACUCUUCUCCUUGAUGCCCAAACGACGGUUGUAUUUGUUUUUUCGUAUAUAAUCAUCAAUGAGUUCCAAGAAGUUACUAGAAAAAUUGACAAUGCUAGAGAAAAAGUUAAUAUGUCUGCUCUAGAGCUUGGAAGACUAAAGCAAAAACACCACGAGGUAACCGAGUUACUUCAAGCAACAAACAGCGUUUUUCAACCUAACGUUCUUCUGAACUAUAUGCUGACGAUUCCGAGUAUCUGUUUCGGUGUCUACGGCAUUGUACACAGUACACUUGGGGGCGUUGACGUCAUGAUCCUUGUCUUUAUAUUUGUUAUGCAAUUGGUAGGAAUGAAUCUAGUGACAGCACUGGGGGCGAAAAUUAAUUCUGAGGCGCACAGUGCUUUAAGGAGUCUUUUUGCCUUCAGUCUUGAGAAUUUGUCAAUAGAUGCACAGCACCAGUUACAGGUGUUUAUUUCUCAGCUGACGAGCCAGACAAUAGGAAUUAACGUUUACGGUUUGUUCACCAUGGAUGGUUCAACAUUUCUCAUGAUAUUUGGAACGGUAAUAACCUACACAGUGGUUGUACUUCAAAUCCAAGCUGGGAGCUGUAACGUUUCUCACAAUGUCAAUAAUUGUAACUGCACGAUAUAAUACAGUAAUAUUAACGUGUGAGAACAGUAACGUCAUCAAUUCAGAUCUACCGUGCUUUCAAAGAGAGAAAGCUUACGCUAAUUUGACCUUUAUUACCAAUGUAAAAGGUGAAGUGAAAUGUAUGGAGAUAACGAACAGUAUUCAAACUCAAAA